AGAAACCAAAAAGAACCAACCAACGACAGUACAAAAUGCCCAUGAAUUUACAAGGCAGCUGCCAAUGCGGCGGCAUCGAAUUCACCCUCCAGUCGUCAACACCCGUCCCCUACCAGCUCUGCGCCUGCAGCAUCUGUCGCAAAGUCGGCGGAUACAGCGGAAGUGUCAAUCUCGGGGGAAUCGCCUCUAGUCUUGAUAUUAAGAAGGGGAAGGAUCUGAUUAAAAAAUACUCCGCAAUCAAAAACCGCGGCCAAGCAGACGAGCAAGUCUGCUCCAGCGAGCGCAACUUCUGCUCAAACUGCAGCACCAUGCUGUGGCUGUGGGAUCAUCAUUGGCCCGAGCUGAUCCAUCCGUUUGCGUCGGCCAUUGAUACCGAGUUGCCGGCUCCUGACGAGAUGACAUGCAUUAUGGCGGGGUCGAAGCCGGCGUGGGUUCGUUGGCCUGAGGGGAAGAAGGUUGUCUGUGAUGUUUAUGGGGAGGAGAGUUUGGAGGGGUGGCAUAAGAAACAUAACUUGUUUUACGCUUAGGUAGGUAGUUGAAUGUGGGUAAUGGGUUUACGGUGGUAACUACGGGCUACACCAUGAGAAUCAAAUAUUUUGGAAAUGA